AUGUCUGGCACUGAGGCCGGAAAGCAACCGUACAUGGAUUUCUGGUACAACAACACAUGGGCGGCAGAGGCACAGUCCGACGGGGCGGCGCAGUAUGACAGCCCCUUGUACGGCCAAUAUGGCGAAGCUGCCUGGGAUCAAGGCUACGGGACCUAUGAAGGCUCAGACUUUCACCACAACGGGGACCUGCAGAACUACGCGGAUCCCUGGGAGAUCAACGCCACUCGGCCGAGAAGAAAACGGAACUCGGUGGAGUCGUCGGUGGCCAAGAUCUAUGGCACCAUGGACGACUUGAGGCUUGAGCACCGCCGGGUGCAGGACAAGUACAUCGCCAUGACGGAGGCGCUCAUCGCCAGCACGGAUGUGGACGGCUUCCGUGUGGACACCCCCAUGCAGGUGCCGCUGCCUUUCUACAAGCGCUGGGCACCCGCAAUUCGCAAAUACGCCCAAUCCGUCGGCAAGGAGCGUUUCGGUAUCUUCGGCGAGUUCUACGUGCAGAUCGAGCGCUAUGCAACCAUGACAGGCCGCGGGCGCGACAACAGCAUGUACGGCCAAGACCGCUUCCUGCCGGGCGAGGCCACCCUGAAGGGCGGCAUCGUGCAGCUCGGGCCAAGGGGCAAGGGGCGGCUAGCCAGGGGCUGCGGCUCAGCCAACCCACGGCGACGAGGUUUGGGGGGGAUGGUUUUAUGCCUGGGUCCCCCAGUAGUGCCCUUUUACCGUUUCUUUUUUGGGGGAGGGUUCCCCCACUAA